UCCAGAACUAGAAUCCACACUGAAACACCGCGACUCUAGACUCGGCAGUCAGCUGGCUCCGCACACGUACAGCACACAGUCUGUGAAGAAACAUUCAAUGGGUUGGUCGUCUGUCAAAGUUUGUGUAAUGCAUAGUGGACAGUUUAGUGCUCGUUGCAUGGUUUUCUUUGAGUAAUUUUGUGUUAGAGAAUCGUAGACUGAAUUGCAUUACACGAAGUUGUUAAACGGUCAACUCGCAUGAUACGAAGCUUUGCUUCUAGUGAACCGGCGGCGCAGCUUAGAAUUUCUAAUCAAGAAACCAGUUGAAAUGUGUUUUUGUGGUUAGUGAAGCGAUGCCGGCAAAACAAAAUAGGAUGCCUGGCCAGAACGGAGCUGACGGCGAGGAUUCCGAUGGAUCUCUCACCUGGGAAGACUUUUUCGGAACGACAACGGCUGAAGACCUGGUGCCCACGCUGCUCGGGAUGUACGACGCCCUGGUUGGGGGGCCGCGCACCCGCCCACCCUUGGCCCCCACCGCCCCCCGCCCGCUGUCGGUGGUCUCCAUAGCUUCCUCUUCGUCGUCAUCCUCGUCGUCGGUGCAGAGUGGGGGUGGGGGUGGCGUCGGAAGGGGUGGACUCCUCGGCGGGGGCCCCCAGACCAGUGUCGCCUACCUCGCCUCCAUCGAGUCGCUCGACGACUCGGAACCCGAGCGCCGCCCCCGCAACCCCCCCUGCCAUCCACAUCGGACCAAGAGCUCAAAUGGCUCUCAAGUGUCAGGAGACAGUGGCGUGUGCAGCCCAUGCUCAUACAUCAGCUCGCCGUCUCCCCCCUACCCCCGACCACGCUACUUCGACCCCCACCUCAGCUACAUGGACCGCGUGCUCAUGGAGAUCCUCGAGACUGAGGGCGUCUACGUAUCCGAUCUGCAGCAAGUCAUUGUUGGGUAUCUGGAGAGGUGGGAGAGCAGUCCUGAUUGUGCAGUCAGCAAAUCACAAUUGGCUGAUUUAUUCAACAAUAUACGAGAAAUUUUCCAUUUCAACAGGGCGUUCCUAAGUCAGCUCGAGCAAUGUGGCCUGAAUCCAGUACGAGUGGCAAAGUGUUUUGUCAACAAUAACUCGGGAUUCGCAAUCUACACUGAUUAUUGUACCAAUUACCCAAGAACGGUGAGCGUUUUAACUGAGCUGAUGCGCCAAGAAAGUACAGUGAGACUUUUUCGAGAACGACAAGCAGCUCUGCAGCACACUCUACCCCUUGGAUCCUACCUGCUGAAGCCUGUCCAGAGGAUACUCAAGUAUCAUCUACUGCUUCAAAAUAUUGUGAAGCAAUAUUCACCUGAAGCCGCUGGAUACGGAGACAUACUGGAUGCGUUGUCAACAAUGACAGCGAUCGCCCAUCACAUCAAUGACAUGAAACGCAAGCAUGAGCAUGCUGUCAGAGUGCAGGAAAUUCAAAGUCUUCUGCUUGACUGGCGGGGAGAGGAUCUGACGACAUUUGGGGAACUUUGUGCUGAAGGAACUUUUCGUAUGGCUGGAGCCAAAGCUUUAAGGCAUGCUUUCUUAUUCGAUCAGAUGCUUCUGAUCACUAAGAAGAAAGAGGCUGGCAUCCUUGGAUACAAAGCACAUAUAACUUGUUCAAAUUUGAUGCUGAUUGAAAGUGUGCCUGGUGAGCCACUCAGCUUUCACGUGAUUCCUUUCGACAAUCCGAGACUUCAAUAUACUCUACAGGCAAGGAGCUUAGAACAAAAGAGGGAGUGGACAUUGCAACUGAAGAGGGUGAUAUUGGAGAACUACAAUGCUGUUAUACCAUCACACGCUCGCCAGCUUGUCAUGCAAUUGGGUCAGAAUAGGACAGAUGAUGAAAUACUUGCAGAGAAGGGAACUCCAAAAAGACAACAUUCUGCUCCAGAAUACCUAGAACGACAACGAGAGAGGAGGAAAUCCGAAGCUGGUCUCCGAGCGAGAUUACGAGUUAGAACUAGAAAAUCUGAACCUGGAGUAGUUCCAUCUAAGGUCGGUCAACAGAAAUUGCGACGGAGUAGGCAGAAUAGUGAAAAUGAGGAACUAGUCUCCCCCGAAACAACCGUCGAUCGGUGUGGAACCAUUCGUCGUAAGUCUGAGCCCAAUUGUUUCAUCAAUCGUUGCAACAUGACACCAGUCGAACUGCACAUAUCGGAGACCGAUCUUAGGACAGAGAAGCCUCAAGCCGCCAAAAAGAAGAGGACAAUCGAGGAGAUGAUCAGUCAGCUGCUCAACCAGAACCGCGAGUUCCAACGGGUGUUGCGCAAACAACGCAUGUGGAAACGGAGGGGUCCAGUGGCUGAGACCAGCGACGAAGAGGACGAUCCUGCCAUCAUUCGAUCAUCCUUCAGGAGUCACAAGUUCAAUAGAUCACUGAGAAGCUGUUGGUCGGAUCAAGAAAACUUGGGCCAGCGAACAGAAUACGAGAACCUCGAGCAUGUAUGGCAAGGUGUGCGAUUGUUGAAAGAGAACAAGAGCAGCCUGAAGCGUUCGCAGUCGUUUUCGAGCCAGAACAGUUCUCCAGAUGAGUCAGUGGUCGGGUGCAGCAUGCUGCGUCUGUCGCCAACGUCACCGGCCGUCUGGCUGCGUCAGCAACACGAGCACCUCGCCGUUGCCAGCCCAACCAGCCACAAGUCCGGCUCACUGCCCCGCAGCUUCCCUCUGGCACACGCCCCCCGGCCAGUCACCUCCCCUGAGCGGCCAGUCACCAUCGCAUCCGACAAGGCACACGAUCUCACUCUCGACCACAUCAACAGGUACAUGGAGCAGGACAAGGAUGGCUGGAGGCAUCGCUACCCUGCUGACUACACAACCGAGGAUGACAGCACUACCGACUACACUGUCAGCAUGCAGAAUUUGCACGUUCAUCCAGAGUAUAAAAUUUACAGGCCAGGAGUCACAAAAGCUGCCUUGAAACAUGUUAUAUCCAGUGUCAGUAGUAAAUUGGCGAGCUUGAGGGUCAGCUCGGAGAUGCUCGAUGAGACUGAACUAGAAAAAAGAAGCCGUUUGAUGCAGGUGUUGGCAAAGCUGAAGAGCCGAAAGGAAGAAGGCAGUGAUUCUCCAAUUUAUAAGCAAGGCAGCUCAAGACUCGGUGCAAGAAUUGCUCAGGGAUCCGAUUAUGCUGAUCCACGAGUCCUGUUUCCAUCAAUCACUCCAUCGAAGAAAGCUGCUAGUCUGUUGGGUAUCAGACCUUACUCAGUUCUAUCACUUGUCUCCAACCUCACGUCAUCGAGCGAUGGAGAUAAGACAUCUGGUUAUGGCGGAAGUGUGGCUUCCAACUCAACACGCCAAACUUCAUCCUCUGUCGUUUCAUCUCCGAAAAAAGAAGACACUAUAGAGAGCGACGGCUCUGCAGAUAGUUUCUACGAGCGCAGCUUCGAGGCAAUGGAGUCGACCAUGGAUGGAGAUCUGUACAGAGACAGUGCCGUAUUCAGCGAUCCUGAUGAUGGAUUCGAGCCGCAAAUGAAGGUUGCAACAAAAAUAGCCAAAGUACCACCACCUGUUCCUGCCAAACCAACUAAUUUAAAACCCAUUUGGAAUUUACCAAAAUCACCAACUUGUGAUUCAAUUGUGAAACCGUCUACGAAUAAUAUUGCGGUAAAAAGUGAAGCUGACGAGGGUGAUUCCAGCUCGGUCGCCUCAACCGUAAUCGAGAAUACAUGUGCUUCAAAAGGCUGGGUCAAGCAUGUUAUUGGAAAACUUCAAGGUGACAUCACACCAACUUAGACACGACAAUAUUAUUAUAUAAUCAACUUUAUAUUCAACAUAAAUCUUAGAUUAUCGAUCUAUCUUUCUCUUCAUGAUCCUGAAUAAUAUAAUUAUUAUGUAACAUUCAGUACAAUAAUCGAACUUCUGACAAUAAAAAAGUGUAGAAAUAGAAAAAUAGUGUCAAUCAAACGAUAAUCUCAAAUAUGCAAAAUGCUCAGUAUUAACGAAAUAGAAUACAAUUAUUUCCGUGAUUAUUAUAAUUACGAUAUUAUUGUUACCGUAUCACACAAUAAAAAUAUUAACCUGUUUUAUUGAUAAAGCCGAAAGUGUACAGUUAUUUUCAUCGAGAUAAUUCACAAUUUUAAUACUAUCAUCACAUUUGCAUGCUCAAGGCUCUGUGUAUUGGAGUAUUAGAAUUAAACUUCAAGUAUUGAAGUUGUUAGAAUAAUAAGUAAGUUAUCAAGUUGUUAUCCGAACAUGCAUUAUAAUUUGAAGACAGGAUUGAUUCUAUUUUCUUGUGAAGUCAAUCUUUUGUUAUAGGUGCGAGAGAAAGUUUAUGAUAAUGAUAAUCAUUACUUGAGACCCUAUAAAAGAUCAUGAAAGAAUUUUAAAAAUAUAAUUUGAUUGACAUUUUAAGUUAAUCAAACAAAUCAAAGAAAGUUCUGCUUUAUAAAGAACAAAGUUUCACAAAAAAGUGCCAAUUAAUUGAAUAUAACAUUUUUAUUGAAUGUUUGUUGUAUAAUAUUAUUGUGAAUAAUUCUUUUGGAAUGUGUAAAUAUGUGAAAUAAGUCUGAUAUUAACAUUAACGUUUUUAGAAUUUUUAUUGUAGUAGAGAUAGUGUUUUCCAUUUUGUCAAAUAUUUAUUUAUACUGUUUUAUUUUUUUAAAUUAUACUGCUCCAUGAUUUCUAAAAGAAAAUGCAGCAUCUACCAUAGAAAUAUUUUAAUUAAAUAAAAAUUAUGUUGAAAGUUCUAAAAAAUGAAUUUGUCACUAAUCUGAGGUUAACAGUUUGCAGAAUAAUUUCAAUGUACAUUAUCUCAACGGAAGUUUAAAGCGAUAAUAAAGAUAUUUCUAUGAUUGAGAAAAGACAUGGAUACUUGAAAUUACAUAUCAAGUUAACAAGUUAUCUACAUUUUUGUGAGCAGUGCAGUAAUUUCUCAUGCUUGAGCAUUUUUUGUAAAAACCUGGACUAAUGUGAUACAAUUAACCUAUCUGCUACUCAGAAAUAUGGAAGUCUAAAAUUAUUCGUAUUGAGCUUUAUUCAAACUAUCUUGUUACCCAUAUGGAAAAAUUUAUUUCAAAAGUGAAUUUUUAAUUAUAAAAUUGAACAUAUUCUAUCAAUAAACCGAUUUUCCAUAUUAGAAUAGCUUAUUGUAGACCACAAGACUGUUGACAUUUUAUAAAUUUUGUUUUGAUCUCAUUUAGUACCGGUAGUGAUUCUGGCAAUAAUUCUUUGAGAAAAUCUUUGCUUUAAUCUUGAACAAAUUGUAAUAAAAACUAUCAUCAUUACGGUAUUCUUCUGGUUGAAUGUAAGCUAACAUUUGUAGAACAGCCUACGAUGCUUUAGAAUAUUUUACAGUUACUGCGUUGAAUUAGUUUCUUUUUAAAGUUAUGAAACUGGUUGUUGAAUGAUUUUUCAAAAUAAAAACUGUAUAUUGUUAUCAUA